AUGUGUUUACUGGAUCUGGUGACUGAUUCACUGGUCAGUCAUGAGUUCAAUCUAUUGGACUUUCGGCUUGUGGAGUUGCGAAAGUCAUAUGUUCUUAAAGAUACCGAGUAUGUCUGUUUUCCUGUUGAUUCUGUACAAAAAGUGGUGGUUAUGACUGAUGAGCAUUUGGACAUUGAUAAUGUGUAUGCGGUAUUUAUGAUUUUUAAGAGAGGGAAUCUGGGUUUUGUGAGGGUUGGGGAUGAGAACUUGAUCAAUGUCGAUGAACAAAACUCGGAUUAUCGUGAUAUCAUCAUUUACAAGGGUCAAUGCUAUGUUGUUGAUUAUUGGGGGAUAAUUUCAUGGGUCAAUUCAGCUUUGGAGGGCAAUAGGAGAGUUAGGUACUCACACCAAGAGGAUGAAUAUCCUGAAGCAAUUGGUUUUAAAGUUUAUAAGCUGGAUCAAGAAUGGGGUAAUUAUAAAUGGGUCAAUGUGAAAGACUUGGGAGAUCGAGUGUUUAUUUUAAGCAAUGAUGGGUCUUUCUCUGUCUCCACCAGAGAGUUUGCUGGAGUGAAAGGAAAUUGCAUUUUCUUCAUUGCACGAGCAUCAGCAAGGUGUUACAGUUGUGUGUUCAGUUUGGAGGAUGGUAGGAUUAGGAACCUAGCAUCUUCGGAGUGUUCUCAGAUGGUCCAGCCACCUUCAAAUUUGCUCAACCCCAAUUGA